ACGAUUAUUUAUUUUCGAAAGAUAAAGAAAGAAAAAAAAAGUAGACAAAAGUGUUAAAGGCGAGGAGAAGAUUGUCCCCCAGGACUUGAGAAGUCAUAAAGCCUCCUCUCCGGAGCUUACGCCGUUUACAGCACAUUCUCUCUUUUCUCUCUCUCUGUUUCUCCACUUUCCCAAAUUCUCUCAUCUCUCUCACUAUCCGCUAAAAUAAGCUUCUACAAAAAUUUUAAUAACAAAAAAAACACUUUGGAUUAGCCCAUUACCUUCCCUUUUACUCCACCUGCUUUUGUAUUUCAUCUCACUCCUUUGUUUAAACUCUGCCUCUUAUUAUCAUCAGUUCCCUGAAACUUCUUUUAUUUGGGAAGCAGAUGUUAAAGCACUUAAUCUCCGGUAUAGAAAAGCUUUUUGGUUGGUUUCCCUCUCCAGCAUCCAUGUCGGACUAGCCUCAGCCUUUCUUCUCUCUCUCUCUCUCCUUCAUUGUUUUGUUAUUAUUUAAAAAAAGAAACGAAAAUAAUUCCGUUACUGGGCCUGAGGAAAUGUCAUUGCACGACGCCCUUGUUUCACUCCUCCUCUUCUUCCUCGCCGUUUCAUUCACUAGUGGAGCGGACCCCACCUUCAACGACGACGUUUUGGGCCUCAUCGUUUUCAAAUCCGGCCUCGAAGACCCUCACUCCAACCUCGCCUCUUGGAACUCCGAAGACUACGACCCCUGCAGCUGGGCCGGAUGCGUCUGCGACCCCGCCACCAACCAAGUAACCGAGCUCCGCCUCGACGGCUUCUCUCUCUCAGGCCACAUCGGCCGUGGCCUACUCCGUCUCCGUUCCCUCCAAACCUUAGUCCUCUCCAACAACAACCUCACCGGAGCCCUGAACUCGGACCUCACCCACCUAGGCACCCUCCAGCUCCUCGACUUCAGCGGCAACAACCUCUCGGGCCGGAUCCCGGACGCGUUCUUCGAGCAAUGCGGGUCGUUGAGGUCCGUCUCCUUGGCUAGAAACAGCCUCAACGGUCCUCUCCCCGCUUCCCUCAGCUACUGCUCUACUCUCACUCAUCUCAACCUCUCAAGCAAUCACCUCUCCGGGAGGCUACCGAGAGAGCUCUGGCUCCUCAGGAGCCUGAACUCUCUCGAUUUAUCUGAUAACUUCCUCCAGGGAGACCUCCCCGACGGGAUCGGCGGUCUCUACGAUCUCCGCCGUAUCAACCUGUCGAAAAACUGGUUUUCCGGUGAACUUCCUUCCGACGUCGGAGCUUGUUCUUCCUUGAGAUGGAUUGAUCUCAGUGAUAAUUACUUCUCCGGGAGCCUUCCGGUUUCGAUGAAAACACUCGGCGGCUCGUGCAGGUUGCUCCGACUCCGAGGGAACUCUCUUGUCGGAGAGAUCCCUGAGUGGAUCGGGGAGGUCGUUAACCUCGAGACUCUGGAUCUCUCGGCUAACAACUUCUCUGGGAAAGCUCCUUCCUCUCUGGGAAACCUCGUGUCUCUCAAGGAGCUUAACCUCUCAACGAACUUUCUCUCUGGGGAGAUUCCGCAGAGUAUCUCCAACUGCUCCAGCUUAGUUUCUCUUGACGUCAGCAGGAACUCGUUCACCGGGGAUGUUCUCAAGUGGAUGAUGUUCUCUCAGAGUUCCCUCCACAAACGAUCACGUAACGUCACUUUUCUCCCCUCCAACGUGGGAUUUCUUCAAGGUCUUCGUCUUCUGGAUCUUUCCUCCAACCGUUUCUCCGGUGAGAUUCCGUCUAACGUUUGGAUCCUCACGAGUUUGGUGCACCUCAAUAUCUCCGACAACUCUCUCUUCGGUUCCGUACCCGGCGGCAUUGGAGGACUGAAACUCGUUGAGAUUCUUGAUCUGAGUAGUAAUCUUCUCAACGGAACACUUCCUUCUGAGAUCGGAGGGGCCGUCUCACUGAAACAGCUUAACCUGCAGAGAAACCACCUCACCGGCCAGAUUCCCGCAAUGAUCUCAAACUGUUCGGCUUUGAACACAAUAGAUCUGUCGGAGAAUAAGCUAUCCGGUGCGAUUCCAGGGAGCAUUGGGAGUCUGAGCAACCUCCAGUACAUAGACUUGUCGAGGAACAAUCUCUCGGGAAGCUUACCCAAACAAGUAGAGAAACUUACCCACCUGGUGACCUUCAACAUCUCUCACAACAACAUCACGGGGGAGCUGCCAGCUGGAGGUUUCUUCAACGCUAUCCCUCUCUCCGCCGUCACCGGAAACCCAUCCCUGUGCGGCUCCGUCGUGAACAGAUCGUGUCUCUCUGUCCACCCUAAACCAAUCGUCCUCAACCCCAACUCCUCCAAUCCAGCCACCGGUCCGCCUCUCGGCGGUCAGAUCAGGAAGAGCGUUCUGAGCAUAUCCGCGCUCAUCGCCAUCGGUGCGGCUGCCUUCAUUGCCGUCGGAGUGGUGGCCGUCACUCUGCUCAACGUGCACGCCAAGUCUAGCGUUUCCCGCCACGACGCAGCAGCUGCUGCCGCUGCGCUCGCCAUGUCGGUUGGCGACACGUUCAGCUGCUCGCCGAGUAAAGAUCAAGAGUUCGGGAAGCUGGUGAUGUUCUCCGGCGAAGCGGAUGUGUUCGACACGACAGGCGCGAAUGCGUUGCUCAACAAGGACUGCGAGGUGGGUCGCGGUGGGUUCGGAGUGGUCUACAAGACGAGUCUCCAGGAUGGGCGUCCUGUGGCGGUCAAGAAACUGACGGUCUCGGGUCUGAUAAAGUCGCAGGAGGAGUUCGAGAGAGAGAUGAGGAAGCUCGGCAAGCUGAGGCACAGGAAUGUGGUUGAGAUCAAAGGGUACUACUGGACGCAAUCCCUGCAGCUCCUGAUCCAUGAGUUUGUCUCCGGGGGAAGCUUAUACAGACAUCUCCAUGGGGACGAGUGCGCUUGCCUGACUUGGCGUGAACGCUUCAGCAUCAUUCUUGGGAUAGCGAGAGGUCUGGCUUAUCUGCACGGGAGUAACAUCACUCACUACAAUCUGAAAGCAACGAACGUGCUCAUAGACGCAGAGACAGGGGAGGCCAAAGUCUCUGACUUCGGACUGGCCAGGCUUUUGGCAUCGGCCCUGGAUAGGUGUGUCUUGAGCGGGAAGGUACAGAGCGCGUUGGGGUACACAGCCCCGGAGUUUGCAUGCCGGACGGUCAAGAUAACAGAGAAGUGUGAUGUGUACGGGUUUGGGAUCUUGGUGCUGGAGGUGGUGACGGGGAAGAGGCCGGUGGAGUAUGCGGAGGACGACGUGAUGGUGCUGUGUGAGACGGUGAGAGAGGGGUUAGAGGAAGGGAGAGUGGAGGAAUGCGUUGACGGUAGGCUGAGAAGGAACUUUCCGGCGGAGGAGGCAAUACCAGUGAUUAAACUAGGGUUGGUAUGUGCGUCGCAAGUGCCCUCGAAUAGGCCUGAGAUGGAGGAAGUGGUGAAAAUAUUAGAGCUCAUACAGUGUCCCUCUCAAGAGUUUGAGUGACGAGACAACAAGAUGGAACAAUAUUUCUUUAUUCCUUCUUCAGUUUUCAUAUAUAUAAAAGUUCCAUCUUCUUCUAAAGGAAGGUUUUGUUUUCUUAUGAGUUUAUCAGGUCAGCUGAGCUCACUUCGAGGAAUCUUUCUCACUUGGGAGGUUUCAUUGUAAUCAAAAUGUUGAAGGUUGUUUUCGGUUCUUAAAGUAGAUCAAAAUGUUUGAGGUUUCUCUG